AUGGCCAAGGAAGGCGCGGAAAAGGCGGAAGAGACGGAGCAAAUGAUCGAGAAGGAGACAGGCAAGGAGCCUGCGGAGGGCGGCGGCGGCUCGCACCGACUCGGGGACACCCAGGAGAUGCGCGCCGUGGUGCUCGCAGGCUUCGGGGGGCUCAACAAGCUGCGGGUCUCCAGGAAGGCCAUGCCCGAGCCGCAGGACGGCGAGCUCAAGAUCCGCGUCAAAGCCUGUGGUUUAAACUUCAUUGACUUGAUGGUGCGACAAGGGAAUAUCGACAACCCUCCCAAGACUCCUCUGGUGCCAGGUUUUGAGUGCUCGGGAAUUGUGGAAGCUCUGGGGGACAGCGUGAAAGGAUACGAGAUUGGGGACCAUGUCAUGGCAUUUGUCAAUUACAACGCCUGGGCAGAGGUGGUCUGCACGCCCGUGGAGUUUGUCUACAAGAUCCCUGAUGACAUGAGCUUCUCUGAGGCUGCUGCUUUCCCCAUGAACUUCGUCACAGCCUACAUGAUGCUGUUUGAAGUUGCCAACCUACGAGAAGGGAUGUCUGUGCUCGUGCACUCAGCUGGUGGCGGCGUGGGCCAAGCUGUGGCUCAGCUGUGCUCCACUAUCCCCAAUGUGACUGUAUUUGGAACAGCUUCUACUUUCAAGCAUGAAGCCAUCAAAGACUCUGUGACCCACCUCUUUGACCGAAAUGCAGACUAUGUGCAAGAAGUGAAAAGAAUCUCUGCAGAAGGAGUGGACAUUGUUUUGGAUUGCCUCUGUGGGGACAACACCGGAAAAGGUCUCAGCCUUCUCAAACCCUUGGGAACCUACAUAUUAUAUGGUUCAUCCAACAUGGUGACUGGAGAGACCAAGAGCUUCUUUAGCUUUGCAAAAUCAUGGUGGCAGGUGGAGAAAGUGAACCCCAUCAAGCUAUAUGAAGAGAACAAAGUCAUCGCAGGGUUUUCCCUUUUAAACCUGCUCUUCAAACAGGGCCGCGCAGGCCUCAUUCGAGGAGUGGUGGACAAACUCCUAGGGCUCUACACCCAGAAGAAGAUCAAGCCCACCGUGGACUCCCUGUGGGCCCUGGAGGAGGUGAAGGAGGCCAUGCAGCGGAUCCACGACCGAGGGAACAUUGGCAAAUUAAUUCUGGAUGUAGAGAAGACCCCGACUCCACUGAUGGCCAAUGACAGCACAGAGACCAGCGAGGCCGGAGAAGAGGAGGAGGACCAUGAGGGGGACGGCGAGAACAAGGAGCGGAUGCCCUUUAUCCAGUAA